AUGGAUGAGAUGAAUUUAGAUAAUAAUGAAGAAAAUGAAUUGUUCCUCGACUAUUUUUUGAUGGCUUCCCAAACUGCCAGGCUCAGUUUAAAGUUAAUUGAGCAAAAGAAAUUACUCCGAGACUACCAGCAAGAAAUAAAAAGACUGAAAGAAGAAUCUGGCGGAGCCCAUAAUUUAGUUGAAGACUGCGAGAGUUUAGCUCAAUUCUUUACUGGUAUUGCUGAACUAAAAAACGCGAGGCAAGAAUUAACAAAGUUUACUAAUCAGCAAGAAUUUGAAAAGAAUAAACAAGUUUUACUAACUAAGGCUAACGAGGCUAUUAGUGGUUUGCAAAUGAGAACCAGCAAUAAUUCUUCAAUUGGCGGUGUUUGCAUUAUUUGGGCUGAUUUCGCCAAAAAUUUCAAUUCGAUAUUGAAUGAUUUUCGUAGAGACUUAGAAAUGCUUAAAAGCGAUAUCGAAAAAGUUCCCUAUCACGAAGCCAAAGAAUUACAAAAACUGCUAAUUGAAGAAAAAAGUUUAAAAAAUGAAAUCGAGGAAAAUGAACGAAAAGCCCGUAAUGAACCCGAUGAAAACAAAAGAAAGCAAUUCAUUUUUCUAGUUGACCAAGCCAAAAACCAGUUAAAAAAAUGUUUAGAAAGAAGAAAACAAUUAAAAACUGGUCGCUUAGGCGAUGACUUUGAUCCGGAUAAACACAUUAAUGACUUUUUACAAAAAUUAGAAGACAAAUUAAGUGGCAAAAACAAACCACAGCGACCAACUAGAACUCCUAACCGAACUCCUACUAGUCCUAAUGAUCCUUUUGAGCCUGAUAAUGUUAAUCUUCCUGACUCUGACUUUAUUCCAAGUGUUAAUCACGAACCACAAUCCUUUUUCACAAAACACUGA